UACAGCAGGUAUCCGGUACGAGGAAAGUCAAAAUUCAAGACUUAUGAAGAACCCUGUCUUCUGUUGGUCAGAACCCGUGAUUCCUUCAAUAUCCAACCAUGGCGACAUCUUCGGGUCGGGCAAUUCUUUCUCCUCCGGAUCUGCAACCCGCAGCAAAAGAUGACGGGAUAGACGUUUUCUGGCACGAGGGCAUGCUCAAACACAAUACUGGUCGGGGAGUGUUCGACACGGGCAUGGAACCGGAUUUUCUUGAUGUGCUGGAAAACCACCCGGAGAACUCGGACCGGGUCAAGAACAUGGUUUCAAUUCUCAAAAGAGGCCCCAUUGCGCUCUUUGUUUCUUGGCAUCAAGGACGGGCUGCCCUCAUCUCCGAAUUGCUCUCUUUCCACACCCAAGAGUACAUAGAUGAGCUAGUUGAGGCAGACAAAAAAGGUCAGGGCAAGAUCAUUUGUCCUGGAACAUUCUUAAACCCUGGAUCAUGGGACGCCGCACUUCUUGCUGCAGGUACCACUUUGUCAGCAAUGAAGCAUAUUCUUGAUGGGCAUGGAAAAAUUACUUACGCACUGGUCCGGCCACCGGGUCAUCAUGCUCAGCCUACUCAAGCAGAUGGAUAUUGCUUUCUUAACAAUGCGGGGCUUGCUGUACAAUUAGCUCUCGACUCUGGCCUUAACAAGGUUGCUGUCAUUGAUAUCGAUGUCCAUUAUGGGAACGGAACUGCUGAGGGUUUCUAUCGAUCUAAUAGAGUUCUGACGAUCUCCCUUCAUAUGAAUCAUGGAUCUUGGGGCCCUUCCCAUCCGCAAAAUGGAACUGUGGAUGAGCUAGGUGAAGAUGAAGGAUUUGGCUAUAACUUGAAUAUACCUUUGCCAAAUGGAUCUGGAGAUAGAGGUUAUGCGCAUGCAAUGACCAAAUUAGUUGUACCUGCAGUUGAGGAAUUUAGGCCUGAGCUUAUGGUUUUGGUUGUUGGCCAAGACUCUAGCGCAUUUGAUCCGAACGGAAGACAGUGCUUGACGAUGGAAGGCUACAGGAAAAUCGGGCAGAUAGUUCGCGAAAUGGCCGACAAGCACAGCAACGGGUGUCUACUGAUUGUUCAAGAAGGGGGAUAUCAUGUUACAUAUUCGGCUUAUUGUCUGCACGCUACUCUUGAAGGUGUGCUCAAUUUCCCGGCUCCUCUAUUGCCUGAUCCUAUUGCUUAUUAUCCAGAAGAUGAUGCUUUCACCGCUGUCGUUGUGGAAUCCAUAAAGAAGUAUCAUAAACAAUUCGUCCCAUUCCUAAAGUAGGCUUCAUCGGUAUCUUUUCACCGCCACUGGGUUGAGGUUCUACAUUUGCACUUCCUUAAGGCUGUAGGUUGUAAUUCUUUCUUCAAAUCCUUGUACCAAAAUCAAAUCCAUUGGUCCAAAUACAACCUAAAUGAUCUACUUGUGGAUAUAGAUUUUUUUCUUUUUUUGACAUUUGAUGAAUUAAGAUUUUAUGGUUGUCUCUUAGAUGCCUUAAAAUUCUGUUAUAUUCUGAGGCUGAUUUCUGUAAUAAAGUGAGGCUGUUGCUUCUGAAACAUUAUGAAUUAUAAACUGUUUGUGUGUGUUA